CAACGAGAGUGGCUGAUGAGAAUGUAUAGCUGUGAGUAAGAGCUUCAAGAAGCCCCGAAGCCUUGCAAGUUUGAAGCUAUCACGGUGGCGAUGGCGCUUUCUUGCAGCUCUGCCCUGGUGGGUUCUCUCUCCUCGUUAUCACUCUCUUCUGCAACAGCCUCAAACUCACAGAGGGUUGUCGCAUCUAGUCCUCUCUUCGGUAAUGGGAUUGCUUUGAAAACGGGAUUCAGCAAUGCGCGUGUUAGGGCUGCCGAAGUCGUUGUGAGGACAGUGGUUGUCAAGGCUGCUGGAGACGAGGUUGUGGCCUCCUCGAGUGAUGCUAACGAGGAGCCGGCGCCUGCCAUUACUACUAUGCUCUCUGAAUCUGAGCUGCUGAAGAGGAAGGCAAAGAAGGAGGAGCUUCGAAGGAAAAGGUUGCUGAGGAAGAGGAAGCUCAGGAAGAAAGGGAAAUGGCCUCCUUCCAAGAUGGCAAAGCUUAAAAAUGUCUAGGUUAUGCAUAUUUCUUCCCAUGCUUCUUCCAGUGAUUGUUCAAUGCUACGUCUGUUUAAUCAACUUACCUCGGCAGUUCUCUUUCUGAUUUUUUUCUCAUUUU